GCGAAUCGCUGACAAAAAACAGAGAUGGACGCCACGGCAGACCAGCAGCAAGGCGACGCACCGGCACUCGUAAAGGAUGAGGAAAUCGAUACGAACUGGGACGAAGCUAUAGAGACUUUCGACAACAUGGAGCUGCGCGAGGAACUUCUUCGCGGGAUCUACGCGUAUGGUUUCGAGAAGCCGUCUGCGAUCCAACAACGAGCGAUCAAACCAAUGCUGAUGGUCGGGAACGGGCAAGACUGCCACGUUCUCGAUCGGCAUCUUGCAGCAAGUGGAUAAUGGACUCGCUGAGUGCCAUGGCUCCCACGCGUGAACUGGCACAGCAAAUCGUUAAGGUCAUGAUCGCUCUCGGUGAUUUCAUGUCAGUGCGUAUCCACGCCUGCGUGGGUGGAACGGCCGUCCGUGACGACAUACGGACCCUGCAAAACGGUGUCCACGUAGUGGUUGGCACACCUGGGCGUGUGUAUGACAUGAUCAAUCGCCGUGCUCUCCGUCUUGCAGACACCAAAAUAUUUGCUCUAGAUGAGGCAGAUGAAAUGCUGUCCCGUGGUUUCAAGGACCAGAUUUACGAUGUCUUCAAGUUCCUCCCAGAGCAAGUUCGUGUCGCUCUCUUUUCAGCAACAAUGCCUCUAGAAGUGCUUGAAAUUACGAGUCGCUUCAUGCAGGAGCCUAUCCGUAUUCUUGUCAAGAAAGACGAGUUGACUUUGGAGGGUAUCAAACAAUUCUACAUUGCUGUGGAACGCGAAGAAUGGAAACUAGACACUCUCUGUGACCUCUACGAGACUCUCACCAUCACGCAGGCAAUCAUAUAUUGCAACACCCGGCGCAAGGUGGACUGGCUUACGGAUGGGAUGACCCAGAAAGACUUCACCGUUUCUGCCAUGCACGGUGAUAUGGACCAGAAGGAGCGCGACAUCAUCAUGCGCGAGUUUCGUUCGGGUUCAAGCCGUGUUCUUAUCACUACUGACCUCCUUGCUCGCGGUAUUGACGUGCAGCAGGUCUCCUUGGUCAUCAAUUACGAUUUGCCUACCAAUCGUGAGAAUUACAUCCACCGAAUAGGGCGAUCCGGUCGUUUCGGCCGCAAGGGCGUUGCCAUUAAUUUCCUCACUUCGGGUGAUGUGCGCUACAUGCGUGACAUUGAGGCCUUCUACAAUACACAGAUCGAAGAAAUGCCCAUGAAUGUUGCUGACCUCAUCUAAACAUUGUACCGGUCAGAAUUGUAAAGCGGCAAUUCGCACACACCCAAACAGCCACACCGCCUAUCGAAUGGCAUACUGACUCUUGCACUUAUGUUGGAGCAGGUCGCGGAAGCGGAAUCUCAAAGCUGGGCGCCAGUAAGUCGUUGAUCAGCCCUGAUGGCAGACCCAACAGGUCUGAGUUUCGCCGUGCUGCCCUCCUAGCCGCGUGGUGGAUGUUGGCCAUUUCAAGCCCAGGCCCCUCGAGAACUGACCUGGGUGCAACCUGAGUGCGCGAACGCUGGGAGUUCAACGCGCACGCGUCCUAGGAAGCGGCUCUAGGAAAGCCCCUCGUCGCUUGCCUGUCGCUUGCCAGCCUGGGUUCAAAUCGCCCUAAACUAGUCGCUCCACUAAAGCUAGGUCCCAAAUU